AUGCAAAUCUGGGUCUCGGGCUUUUGGGACGCUCAGAAGCUUUGGGAACCGUCGGAUAUGGCUCACGUCCCAGUAAAUUUUGACUAUCUCCGGGCGCAGCCUAGUCGGUAUGGGCUCAACGACUCCAGCGAUCGAGCAAGCGCCAUCUCUUCAGGCUCCUCCGAUCGCCCGGAACGACCGCUCACGGUUAAAUGCGAGUUCAAUGGUAAAAAAUUUCUCGUUCUCGACCCUCAGAGAAAGAAUGAUGAUGGAGAGACUAUUGAGCUUGUUACAGACGAGGACUUGACUGAAGCGAUCUCAUAUUUCCAAGGAGGGGAGGAUCAUCCCAGUUCUUCCGGAAAUACUACUUGGUCCGGCCAUUCGGGUCGAACGACCCGGAAAAUCACCUUGCGCAUAGUUGUUUUCGUGGAAUACGACGGCCCGAGCCUGUCUGAUACUUCGUCUUUGGCGAGCGUGGAGGAAUUUGCGCGAACACGCGACCGGAGCCAUCAGGCUGUUACUGGCGCCGAACUUUCAUCAAUAAACUAUGAUAUUGAAGAUGACAUGGUUACUAUUAGUUCUAGAGACACAGCACUUGCAGCGUCUCAAAAGAGCAGUGCUCGGGGAUCUCGAGAUUUUAGAGCGCAGAAGGACACAGCGACGGCGUCUCUAAUAUCUUCGCAAAUCUUAGCAGAACAAAAUGAAGAGACUGACACGCCAGCGGAGGAGUCGGUGGAAAUCUCACUCUCAUACGCUUCAUCAAGCGGUGCAUCGCAGACUCCUGUCCCUUCGACCACUUCCGAACCACAUAGCCCACCUAGAUCUGGUGUAAACUUAGCAACUGAUGUUUCGGUUUUUGAGCGCUUGCGCAAGGAAGCUGUGUCGAAGCUUCCACCUUUCCCCCCGACCCACACACCCAAUCUCGCUGUGUCAUUUGGUGGAAAUCCUGAUGACCGGGGCGCAAGGUGGCUCCAGGAUCAGAACGAUCGUGCCAUCCGCACCAUGAUGGGCCAUUUACCAAGGCCUUCAAUACCUUCAUCUGCUUCCGAUGAAGACAUCAUCGAAGGAGCUAGUUCUCUUUCGUUCCCUUCCGUCCGAUCUGGUGUUCUUCCCCUUAAUCCCGACGAAGCCGACACAGGGGGACUGGCCCUGCAUCGACAUCCAUCGGGAAAGUUUUAUUACUCUUAUUCAUCCGAUAUUUCUUCAAUCCCAGAGCCCUCAACCGGGGUUGACGCAAUACAAUCAAUGGAAUCCGGUCAUCCGGUUGUUAAGGAUUCGGAGUGCGCAUCUCAGCCGUCACCUUUGGCGUCACAGGAUCGACCAGGCCAGAAGGCACAGGAAAAUGCAGCUACUUGGUCAGAAGCUAAUCCAUUCCGUGAUCCAUCAGACGUCUCUCCCGAGCUGUUGCAAGCCAUACUGCAGUCCGAAAUGUCGGCUUGUAAUGGUCCUACCGAAGUGACCUGCUGCUCUUCCUGUAACGAAAUCCUGGAUUCUUUCAGAUAUGUAUGCGCUACAUGUGGCGAGAGACCAAAACGAAAUCGAGAGGAAGUCGUUCUUAGUUCACUAGAAGAUCAUUCACGAGAUGAAUUGGGCGUACUUGUGCCAUCAUCAACUUCGAUUGGGGACGUAAGCCAGUCCUCGCUAUUGCUGCAGACCUGGGAUGACACCUACACACACCCUGCUCCACCAUCCAGACAGCUUGAGGAGUCACGAUAUCGGCAGAACGGUGUUGGGCCAAUCACGGAGCAAGAAGUGAACCGUUCAGCUAGGGACGAUGGAAGCGUUGACGAUUCUCAAAACAUUCCUUCUGCUUCCACAUCAUCGUUGGCACCUUCGUUUUUUGGCCGAUCGAUACAUAAGAAACCAUCUCGGGUUCUUGGGGUCGCUGCAACUUUUGCCAAUCUAUUUGGGGGAAGCAAGACUGGAGGCGGAAUCGCAAACACCGGGAAAGGGAAUAUCGCAAGUGAUGAGUACUCGUUGUCUACUUUCACAAAGGGGAAAGGGAAGCAGGCUUCUUCGGAGGCUGGACCAUCAGCCCGGACCCCCCUUGCAGAUAAGCCCCUUCCUUCUGUACCUAGCCCUCCUUCAACAUGUGCUUGGGUUGCUCCACGACACCCACUUACCCAAAAAACGGAGUGGAGUCCACUUAGCUCCCCUUCGAAUCCGAGUCAAGCGGACAGCAAUUCUCCAGUCUCGUCUUAUCACAUACUGCCGCACCCUGCUCGAACAACUUCAUCUGCUUCCUUGGCAUCAUCCCCUUCCAUUGAAACCGGUCCGGGCUACGAGCUAUGCCCAAAUUGCAUUGGAACUGCUGGGGUUCUUCAUGCGGAAAACGCUUUGAAUGCCGCUCACAGUCCAAGUGCGACAUCCCUUUCAUCGUCUACCACUCUGGCAGUACCCAUCGGGUCACCAUCCAAUUCCUCGCCGACUCAUCACUUCAUUACAGGAGGUUCCGCAGUAGGUAACUCGCUUCAUGGAGAUUCGUUAACAACAGUGAGCCCAAACAUUGGGAUGGGUAUGAGGAAUGCUCCAAAACGAAAAGCACUAAUCCGUCACGCGUACAUAGAGAAGUUUUGGGGAGAUACAGGAUGGCAAGACGUUGAACUUGAUGACGAAUGCUCAUGUGCUAUAUGUCAGAAGACAAUCGAUAAGGAUCGCUUCAAAUGCCUUUCAUGCGAACAAUUCAAUUUAUGCCGUUCGUGCUACAGUUCUGUACAUGAAAUCCAUCCUUCCCAUGCGUUUGCGGCUAUUCCCGACCGAAAACCACCUCCCCUCCAAAGCAUAAGUAUGGAGGAACAGUCCAUGAAGCACCCUGGAGUCAAGUGCAACCACUGCCUGCAAGACAUUGUAGGAGCCCGGUUCCACUGUGCCUUAUGCGAUAAUGUCGACAUAUGUUCGAAUUGUGAAAGUGCGGGACUCCCGGGUAAUUUAACCGCCCCCGAUGGAGAACACGACUCCUCCCAUAUUAUGAUCAAGAUCCCAAUGCCGGUGGAGACCAAGGAAUUAAGAAACGUCAGCCGUCGAGCGCGCGCCUUAGUGAUGGGAAGGGACGCUUCAGUUAUCGGUGUCGAUAAUCCCUGUUGGAGACCGCGGGCGAACUCCGCCGGAUCCAAUUACCAACAAACCGUUAUUGGGUUUCCAAAUUCCACAGCCGAGAGGAGGGAUGAAUGGGAGAAUAUGAAUCAUCAUAUCUUAUGCCGGGGAUGCGACAAAUCAAUCAUCGGCGUUCGGUACCAGUGUGCAUCAUGUCCUUCACAGCCAUCCUCCUCUGCAUACAACCUCUGCGAGGAUUGCGAGGCUGUUUCCUUUACUCUUCACGAUGCCAUGCACAUCUUUGUCAAGAUUCCACGGCCAGUAGACCGACCAAUUGAAAAUUCUCGGCCGCUCAUUACUCCAAUGUCGGUACUUCUUUUCCCACCCAAGGCUGCUGUUCCGACGUUGUUUUAUCGUAGUUAUGAGAUCCCGGCUGGUCAAGACAGAGACGGCAAUAGAUAUGGGGAAGGAUAUCGAGACUACCUUUCUCGCAUCAAGCACAAUGCGGCGCUGUGCGAUCGUUGUGUAGACCACAUCUAUGGAACAUGGUACAGAUGUGCCAACUGUGACGCAGACCUGUGCGAAUUUUGUGAACAGUUAUCCGUCCACGACUCCACACACGUUUUCCUGGUUAUCAAAAGUGCGGUGGAUAUGACCAAAUUCAGACGAGCUGUGGACCAUGACAACCCAACGAGGAAGAUAGGAGUAUUGGAUCAUGUCGUGUUUGCUUCCUGAAAUCAUUUGAAUGUCAUGAAUGAAUAUUCGCUCUGUUAUACAGCAGUAGAUUCCUUCUCGAAUGGC